CUUAGUAGUGAGCCGCGAAGCAAGAUGGCGGGCGGCCGGACUAUCGACAUCGUAUCAUACUGCAAUACAGCCCCUCGCGCCAGCACCUGUCGUGUUUUUUCAUGCGAAGGAUUCCAUCCGGUACCAUUCGCUUCUCGGCGGUGGUUCUCGACUACUAAACACGAUCGAAGGUCGGAUCCAGUGGACCAGUCGGAUAUGUAGUGAUGAUCGUGAUGAUCGUGACAACAUGCAACAGGGCAGUCUCCAUUAA